UGUUGGUGUCUUGGAUUCUUGCAGAAUUUUAAAACUUCAUUACCUACAUAUACUUUUUCAUUAACAGGUUGAAUAUUAAUGCACAAGAUACUUAUGUAUAUAUGUGCCUUUAGUGUCCAACACAACAAGUUUGAUGAAGAAACUCUGUAUUCUUAGACUAGUUUUAUAUUGCUCAUAACAGUUAACUCCAAGAUAUUGACCAGAUAUGGCAGAGGUGAUAAAUAGUACAGCAGAGAAGACAGCAAAUGCCAAGCAAGCAGCACCACGUGUAGAGUCAUGUCAAUUUGGGCCAUGGACCUUCACUGCAACCAAGAGCCACAUUAUGGGAUCCAAGUGUGACACCCCAGAGACAUGCUCCUCUGCUCCACCUACCUCACCGGAACUUCUUUGUCAGCUCUGCGGGUUUAACUUGUUGGUAGGCAAAGAGCAUCUGCCUGACAUGAUCUUCAACAAGAAUGUGUUGAGAAUAGAACAUGAGACGGGAGCAGCCAUUGAGUUCAACGCACUGGAUGCCCUCAGGGAGCUGCGGGAUGUGGACCUUGACAACAUCCAGGUGGCUCAUGCCACCGAGUGGCAGGAGGCCAGGAAGGAUUGUGAGCACACCCAGAAUGUAGUGUCCGGUUACGACUGGACCUACACCACCAACUACAAUGGCAGCUUGAGUGGUGGCUUCUCCAUACGCCCGUCAGACACAAGAAUAGACAUGCAGAAGCUCAGGGCAAAGGAGCCAAUACGUUUUUUUCAGGAGCUUUACCUAUAUGAGGAUGAACUUGAUGAUAAUGGCGCCUCAAACUGCGUUGUCAAAAUUGUGAGUUUUCUGGUGGAGGAGUAA